AAGUUGGCUUUGUCGAGAGUUUAGUGAUUGUAAAUUUGUAUUCCAAGCACAAUCCGAAAUCCGGUUAAAAGUAUAGGUCGAAUAUCGUAUCCAAAUUUUAAUCUUUUGCCCCCCAAUUGCGUGGAGUCCGGUCCAAAACGAUACAAAGAUGUCCGAACAGUUCAAGUUUAACGACGCCUUCAAUAGCCAAACCAUGCGCGGUCGCGCCAAUGUAGCCAAGGCCACCUGGGCCUCGGUGGGCCUGGUCUAUGUCCUGGUCAAGAUGCACCGGCGCAACUCGAAGCGUCGCGAGGCCAAGCUUUACUGCAAGGGCUGCCAGCAGGCAAUGCUGCACGGCUAGGGGGCGAUACCACCAACUAACCGCUAACCCAGCCCCCAGGCCAUACCCCACUGAUCCGUCAAGAAUCCUGUAGCUAGCGGCCCAGUUUGCAGUCCCCUAGUUGAUGGCCCUGCCAGUCCCCAAUCCUCGUGUACCCUGUAGAGUCUAAUAAAUUUCAAAUCCUGACAA